AUGGGCCAAACUAUGGCCACUCAAAAUGCCCAAAUCAAUGAGAGGUUUGAUCGAUGGUUAGGCCAACAAAAUGGCCAAAAUGGAAACCAAUGGGCACCUAAUGGAAUACCAGCGGUGGGGCCUCAAGUUGAGGCCCAGCUAAAUAUUUUUGGAGUGAAUCCACCCCAACUUAAUCCACCAGCUGGGGGCAACCAAGCCUCAAUGGUUAAUAUUCCGCCGAUGGGCAACAACCCAUAUGCGGCGGUCAACCAAUUUCAAGUGUUCCUGCCAUAUAAUCAAUUCCGCCAACACGCUCACCAAGGGGCUGGGGCCAAUUUUGCUGGGCCUCAUAUCAACAAAUUUGAAGUCGGUGGUUGGAAUAAUCCCAGCGGGAAUGCUAACAACCUGUUUCUAGGGAAUCAAGUAAUCGACCGAGGUGCGGUCGAACAAAUGAUUCAAAAUAUGGUCUGUGGCCAAUGUCAUGGCCCAAUUAGCAUCCGGAGUGGAAAUCUCCGAGUGGCUCUCUGA